ACCAGAACCCAGGGCCACCUCACUCAGGCUGCAGAGGUCUCAGAGUCACACGCCCCAGCCAUGGCCCGGCUGUUUGGUGCAGCCUGUCUUCUCCCCCUGCUCCUCGCUGGCUUCUGCCGGGGACAGGACUCUAAGGUGGACUGCCAGGAUGGCGUAACUGGCACCAUCUACGACUAUGGAGCCCUGGCCAUCGACGGUGAGGAAUACAUCCCCUUCAAGAACUACGAGGGCAAGUACGUCCUCUUUGUCAACGUGGCCAGCUUUUGAGGCUUGACGGGCCAGUACGUUGAACUGAAUGCACUGCAGGAGGAGCUGGAGCCCCACGGGCUGGUCAUCCUGGGCUUCCCCUCCAACCAAUUCGGAAAGCAGGAGCCAGGAGAGAACGCGGAGAUCCUGGCCAUCCUCAAGCACGUCCGGCCUGGUGGCGGCUUUAUCCCCAAGUUCCAGCUCUUUGAAAAAGGGGACGUGAAUGGGGACAAGGAGCAGAAGGUGUUCACGUUCCUGAAGAAUGCCUGCCCGCCCACCACAGAGUUGGUGGGCCAGCCCGCGCGCCUCUUCUGGGAGCCCAUGAAGGUGCGUGACAUCCGCUGGAACUUCGAGAAGUUCCUGGUGGGGCCCAAUGGUGUCCCCAUCAUGCGCUGGCACCACCGCACCCAGAUCAGCACCAUCAAGGCAGACAUCCUGGCCUACAUAAAGCAGGCAGCGCCAGAAGCCGGGAAGUAACUGAACUCCUCCCGACAGAGGGACCCACUCAGGAAGAAGCACCUCUCCAGACACCCAACAUCUGCCCCUUUCCUUCCUCUCCUGACUUCAUGGACUCACUGCCAUCCAGCCCAGGACAGAAGCAGCUCUUGGACCAACUGUUCAGCCUGGCCCUCCCCGAACCCUGUACCCCACCAGCCUGCCCCCUUCCUGUCCUCCUGCCCCACGGUGACCCCAAGAGCAGCCAGGGUGACAGUUCCCUGUGGGGGCGUCUCCAUGACGGCGGGGCCCGAAGCCCAUGGGCGGGCCUCCCCCGAACCGUAUGCAGCCGGGCCUUUGUGCAUUCAGGCCGAGCCACAGACGGUGAUGCCACCCAGGCAGCUGCCCCUGGCCAGACUCUCCCAUGCCCAGUAAAGUCCUCCGCAGCA